AUGGUUUAUGACUGGCAGGACUAUCGCGAUGUCUGUUACCAGAUGUACAUCAAGGAGCGAAAGGCUCUGGAAGAGAUCAUGCAAUACAUGCGAGAGGCGUAUUCAUUUGCUCCCUCGAAACGAGCUUUCCAGACUCAAUUCAGACGCUGGGGCUUCCCAAGCAAGCAGAACCCAGCGCAUCGCAACAUUGAUCUUGUGGCCAGGGUGAAGGAAUUAUGGGAGAAGAAUACGACGCAACGAGAUAUGCUGAGGAUACUUAAUGAAGAAGGCUAUGAGAUCAAAGAGCGCGAGUUGAUGCGAGUUCGGGCCAAAAAUCGAUGGCUAUUGCGAGUUGCAAACGGCAUGAAAGCAGCAGGCACAAUAGAAGCUCCUGGUGCAACACAGGCUAUUUCCGAAACUGCCCCAGACAUCUCACUAUCUCAGGAUCAGGUAGCUCUUGCCACCGAACCGGCUGCCAUGGUUCCAGCACUGUCAUCACAGGUUCUGGCGAAGAGGAAGGAAAGAUUCGACAAAUUGCAAGCCGAGAGUGAUCAAAGAUGGCAGGAGAAGAAGAGACGACGUCGCACUCGGGGUUGGGCCGGAAUGCCCGCUGACCCCCCGGGCCCUCCUCGAUUUCCGUCAGAAACCACAUUGGACGAGAGUAAAGUGUUUCUCAGCCUUGACAACGCCAUGUACCGGAGGGUUCGAGACCACUUUCAACGAAUCUGCAAUGAUUCCGAGAUCAUUAAGAAGACCAUAGCUGGGCCUGAUAAGUGGCAGCAGGCAAAAGAUCGAUUGAUCCAGGAGAAUGCGCACCUCCAAAAGGUCUUCUGGACUGAAAAUACCCAACUAGAUGCGAAAGCGCUUGCUUUGGAUGUCAUCUGCACAGACGUCACCAAACGGAUGCGUACGAUGGAGCGUCGUAUGACUAUUGCUGAAGCAAAGAAUGCCCUAGGCAUCAACCCUGAACAAAGUCGGCAGGUCCGGAAUGCUUUCUACAGCAGGCUCAAGGCAGAUCAUUUCACAAGCAAACUAGAGGCUGGUGAUGAGCAUUGGAACGAGCUGAAAGAGGAAUGGAUGCAAGGUCAACCACUCCUGUUAGGAAUCUUAGCUCCUGGUGACGCCGAUCCUGAUCACCCCAAUAAAGUGAAAGCAGUGGAGGUACUUUGUCGAGACGUUAUGAAACGCUUGAGGGAUGACCAGACAAAACGAGAUCCUACCAAGAAAGAUCGUGACCAGCUCGCGUUGUCAACCGAACAUCCUUCUGCCAAGAAGACAACCAAUAAAGCAUCAGCCAAACGGAGCAAUAGUCUUGGUAAUGGGAUUAGUGCCCUCGCCUCCAGAGCCCUGGCAAGCACUCCCAUUACUGCCUCCAGCAUCAGCGAUACGCAGAUUGAUCCGUCUCUAUUGCAAGCAGCUAACGAUCCAUCGUUUGCUGCUAACCAGCAACGUUCUCCCGCUACGUUAUCCAAUUAUAUCCCAACAAUACAAACUACCAGUGCAGAGGCUCCAGUUGCGGUCUAUUUACGGCCUCACCCAAGAUCUCAGGUAUACCAAACAUCAAAGGUGUGGUUGGGUGCGCUAAGCUCGCGGACCGUGGCAGAGCUUCGAUCAUUAUUGGCGUCCAAGUGGCCUAAUGCCUCUAUAGUGCGGGUCGAUGGGAUUGAGAAAGGUGCUGGAGGCCAGGAAAUAUCCUAUUUGAUUGAGGAGGACGACGAGCUUGAUGCCUAUUUAACCCAUGUUCAGGACCGAAAAGCAACAUUUGUGGCCCUUAUGAAUCAGUUAUGA